AAUGCAUCACUGAGAGAGACGGAAACAUUCAGAACGUCGAAUAAGCUUUUCUCGGUUUCUUCGAGUUUUAGCGUCUCUCUACAGCAGAUCAAUUUCGUCGACACGAUGACAUUCACGAUGCCAACGCAGAACGGGAAUUCGGUGACAAACCCUGAUGCUGAUUCGCAAAGAACCCUAUACCCAUAUGUUACUGGGACCUCAGUGAUCGCGAUCAAGUACAAGGAUGGGAUUCUAAUGGCUGCUGAUAUGGGAGGUUCCUAUGGUUCUACGUUGCGUUACAAGAGCAUUGAGCGAAUGAAGCCCAUCGGGAAGCACUCACUUCUCGGUGCCAGUGGGGAAAUCAGUGACUUCCAGGAGAUUCUGCGUUAUCUCGAUGAACUCAUCUUGUAUGAUAAUAUGUGGGAUGAUGGUAAUUCACUCGGGCCAAAGGAGGUUCACAACUAUCUGACCCGAGUCAUGUAUAACCGGCGAAACAAGUUCAACCCUUUGUGGAAUACACUUGUGCUUGGAGGAGUAAAAAACGGGGAGAAGUAUUUGGGAAUGGUUUCAAUGAUUGGUGUUAGUUUUGAGGACAAUCAUGUUGCCACUGGGUUCGGGAACCACCUUGCAAGGCCUAUUCUUCGCGAUGAAUGGCACGAGGACCUCAGCUUCGAAGAUGGCGUCAAGCUACUCGAGAAAUGUAUGCGAGUUCUUCUGUACCGUGACAGAUCAGCUGUCAACAAGCUUCAGAUAGCGAAGAUAACGGAGGAAGGAGUAACGAUCUCGCAGCCCUACUCGUUAAAGACGUUCUGGGAAUUCUCGUCGUUCCACAACCCUACUGUUGGUGCUGAAGGCUCCUGGUAAUGCCAAAACGACCCAACACAGAGAUAUGUUGUCUGGAUAUCUCCCCAUUAAACUGCUCAGGAGAAAAGUUGCUUCCUUUAAUGGGUGAUAUAUGUAUGUUGGAAGGGUUUAGUACUGCAAAGGAUCUGUAAUGGAAGUGAUGACGGGGGGGGGGGGGGGUUCAUGGAUUUCUGUGUUCGAUCAAAA